UCACACGCCAAGAGAGAACGAGCCUGCUUCUGGGUCACAUGCCUUUCCCCAUCCUUUCCGAAGGCGUUUUUGUGCCCCAUUCACAACCUUAAGCUCCAGGCUGAGAAGCGAGCGGUGGUAUACCUUUAAGGCACGUGAGUGAGAGAGAGAGAGUGCGCGCGAGAACCCCUGCCGGCUCAUCACUAAAACCUCUCCAUUAAGAAUUGCAAACUCGCCUCCUCCGUGACUAAAGGGCGUUCUGGUGGGAGUGCUCCUCCUGAGAGGGUUAAUGAGGGAAGAAGCAAAGACCAGCGGCAGCCUGGAGCUUGCCGGCUAGGGAGGAGGAAAAGAAGCAGCAGCUGCACGCAGCACUUGGAUUUGGCAGACCCCAACAGCAGCCCGCUACACGCUGGUUCUUUGCUUCUGCAGGCUGUGCGUGUGCCCUACCUUGCCCUGCCCGCUCAGCCCUUGGCUGCUAGGAGGAGAGCCGCUCACGUCUCUUCACGGGCACCUGGAAGGAGCAGGAGCCCUAAGACGCGCCCGCUGCUUCCUUUCUCUUCUUGUCACCAAACCCUCUUGCUCCUUCGCCGCCGCCGCCGCCGCCGAUUCCUAACCCUCGUUUUCCCACCUCACCCACGCCCGGGCAAAUAGGAGGUAUAGCCGGCCACAGCGCUGCUGCCGAAGCUGCAAGCGAGCAAGGAGUGAGCAAGCACGACUCUCUGAAGAGACCGAGGUGGGCAGGAAGGGCGGCGGGAAAACCAUAACUGUCUGCCACUAUCUAAGCUGGGCGCCAAUAAGAGAGGCUGAGAAAGCAUCUUGGGGAGCGCAAGCGAUAGGAUCGGACGGCGGUCGCUGGGCUGAUUGCUGCUCCUCAGCGCGUCUGAGGCUGCGAAGUUCAACGCAAACGUGUUGCUCGCCGCUGGCAGCUCCUACCUGCGCCGGUGCGCCCCGUGAUUGCGGCUCUUGCUGCGCUGCUUUGCUGGAGCCCGGGUUGCGGCCACUCUUCGGAUGGUGGCUUUACGUUGCGUGCCCUGAGCCUGGCGCAAACCCAGCAUCCAGAUCUGAUCUCCUGGCUCCUGAUCUUGGCUUUGACUAGACCUUUCUUCUGUGUGUACCUGACUUCCUGGCUUCUGACCCCGGCUUGCAAGCUGACUUUGACUUCUGCUUCGCUCCACUGGUGAGUGGAACCAGUGCUGGCAAUAACUUCAAGCUGGCAUUGUGAAUACAGAUUCUGCUACAGGAAAAUAACAGGUUACCACAAAACUUCACUCUGGCAUAAUGAUUUACACAGAAGCGGGAGUGAGAGACUGCGACAACCUUUCCCUGGUGUAAUGUCAUUGUCGCCGAUCACAGUGGCAGAAUCAGGCAGCUCGGAGAAGACAAAAAGUGUCCCUUUCCCUCCUGCUCUUUCAACUGCCAGUGGCAUUCAAAGUGACCUUGCCUUGUAAAUAUUGGAAACUGCUACAGCAUCCCUGUCAGAUGUCCAACCUCCACCUGAGAACCUCUAAAGAAGGAAAGCCCACCACUGCAUAAGAGUAACCGUUUUGUGGCAGGAAACAAAUUUGGAGGGAACCACUUCCCACACCGAUUAAUCAGUAGACACCCACACCAACUGAUACCGAAACCGCAUAAUACUAUAUUCUGCAAUCCACCUCAGCUAGCCUGAUGGAUAUUUUUAUUCAUAAUGUUUCAUUGAGGAAAGGUGAAAGGGAGGAGAUCUAUAAUGCAAUUUAGGAUCCAUGUACUUUAGCUCCAUUUUCAACUAAUUGAUCCUGCUGGUUUUGGCGUGUCUAAGAAAAGGUGAAAAGAUAGCUCUGCAGAGAUGAGCUCUUAAUUAAUGUACAGGGUCCCUGUGAGUCCCACCUCUCAACAGCAGUGAUUGACAUCCAAGGAUACAUAAAUUACACUAAUUGAGCUUUGCAUCUACACAAUCUUUCUACAACCAAUUCAUUAGAGAAGGAAAUGUCUGCUUUACCAAGUUUAAUGGAGAAUUUAAAAUCGUCAUGCACAUCAAAGAACAAUUGUGGAGAUAAUAGCAAACACUUGAGGGAUGCUUCAACCAGUCAUAAUACUUCAGAGGAGACAUAUAACAAAGCUUUGCACAAUUGAACUCUCUAAUGAACUGCUUGUUCCCUCAAGAUUCUCUGGUUCCCCACACAAGUUGAGCUGGAAGCCAGAUGCUGCGCCAUAUCUGAGAUCUCAUCUGUGAUUGCCAGAAAUCUAAGCCAGUUGCCAUCGCCACACCGUCUAACAAUAUGGAAGGAUCAUAAGAAAAGCAGUAUGAUAGGUAGGAACUGCUAGAUUAUCAAAUCAUCUGCACCUAUUGGAGUACAUUUUGUCAUACGGAGGAAACACGGAUUCUUUGAAAAGAGAAAAGGUGGACUUAAACUGAAUGCAGAACAGAAUUUCAAGUAAUCUGACCUGAUGUGCAUACAGAAGGAAUGAAGCAUGGAUGUGAAAGAACGCAGACCUUAUUGCUCUCUGACAAAGAGCAGAAGAGACAAGGAACGGCGUUACACGAAUUCUUCAGCAGAAAACGAUGAGUGCAGAGUGCCUACACAGAAGUCCUACAGUUCAAGUGAAACCUUGAAAGCUUUUGAUCAUGAUUCCUCCAGAUUGCUGUAUGGAACCCGAGUAAAAGACUUGGUCCACAGGGAGUCAGAUGAAUAUAGCAGACAAGGACAGAAUUUUACCCUAAGGCAGUUAGGAGUUUGUGAACCAGCAACUCGAAGAGGACUGGCAUUUUGUGCUGAAAUGGGGCUCCCCCACAGAGGUUACUCUAUCAGUGCAGGGUCAGAUGCUGAUACUGAAAAUGAAGGAGUGAUGUCUCCAGAACAUGCCAUGAGACUUUGGGGCAGGGGGGUCAAAUCAGGCCGCAGUUCCUGUCUCUCAAGCCGUUCCAACUCAGCCCUCACUUUAACUGAUACCGAGCAUGAAAACAAGUCGGACAGUGAGAAUGGGACUACUGCCCAGCCCACCCCUUAUUGGAAUACUGCAUAUGAUGAGGAUCUGAUCCUGAUUGGAAACCCUGAAUGCCAUCAAAAUACAAGUCCUCCCAUGCCAUCCUCCUCAUCUAGUCAAUCCGUUAUUGAACAUUUACAUUCCCCUCCUCCAUCACCUAAUCUCCAUGACAACCAGAGAUGGUUGCUAAGUACUAGUGCUAUCCAGCCAGUUCAGGACUCUGACACUGAUGAGGACUAUACUGCCAGCUCUUAUCUAGUACAGACCGGUCCUGUUUCAGUUUUUGCCUCAGGUCAUGAGCAACCUCCAAAUAACCAAGGCCAGUCGACCCUGCAACCUUUGCCACCUUCUCACAAGCAGCAUUCAGCACAGCAUCACCCAUCUAUUACCUCCCUUAACAGAAACUCACUGACAAAUAGGAGGAACCAGAGUCCGGCCCCGCCGGCUGCUUUGCCCGCCGAGCUGCAAACCACACCUGAGUCGGUCCAGCUGCAGGACAGCUGGGUCCUUGGCAGUAAUGUGCCACUGGAAAGCAGGCAUUUCCUAUUCAAAACCGGAACAGGAACAACACCACUGUUCAGUACUGCAACACCGGGUUACACAAUGGCAUCCGGCUCGGUUUAUUCUCCUCCUACACGGCCGCUACCUAGGAAUACGUUAUCAAGAAGUGCUUUUAAAUUUAAGAAGUCUUCAAAGUACUGUAGCUGGAAAUGUACAGCACUCUGUGCUGUAGGGGUCUCUGUGCUACUGGCAAUACUUCUAUCUUACUUUAUAGCAAUGCAUCUAUUUGGCCUCAACUGGCAGUUACAACAGACUGAAAAUGACACAUUUGAAAAUGGAAAAGUGAAUUCUGAUACUGUGCCAACACACACUGUAUCAUUACCUUCUGGCGAAAAUGGAAAAUUAGGAGGAUUUGCACAAGAAAACAAUACUAUAGAUUCUGGAGAACUUGAUAUAGGCCGAAGAGCAACACAAGAGGUUCCUCCUGGGAUCUUCUGGAGGUCACAAGUCUUCAUUGAUCAGCCACAGUUUCUAAAAUUCAAUAUCUCCCUUCAGAAAGAUGCAUUGAUUGGAGUGUAUGGCCGAAAAGGCUUACCACCUUCCCAUACUCAAUAUGAUUUUGUGGAACUUCUGGAUGGAAGUCGGUUGAUUGCGAGGGAACAGCGCAACCUUCUUGAGGCAGAGAGAGCAGGUAGACAGACAAGGUCUGUCAGUCUCCAUGAAGCAGGUUUCAUCCAGUAUUUAGACGCUGGGAUCUGGCAUCUGGCUUUUUAUAAUGAUGGGAAAAAUGCAGAACAAGUGUCCUUUAACACCAUUGUCAUCGAGUCUGUGGUGGAAUGCCCCCGCAAUUGCCAUGGAAACGGAGAGUGCGUAUCAGGAUCAUGCCAUUGUUUUGCUGGAUUUCUGGGCCCUGAUUGUUCAAGAGCAGCCUGCCCAGUAUUGUGCAGUGGCAAUGGGCAGUACUCCAAAGGACGCUGUCUCUGCUACAGUGGCUGGAAAGGUACAGAGUGUGAUGUGCCUACCACCCAGUGCAUUGACCCUCAGUGUGGGGGCCGUGGGAUUUGCAUCAUGGGCUCUUGUGCCUGCAACUCUGGAUACAAAGGCGAGAACUGUGAGGAAGCUGAUUGUUUAGACCCAGGCUGCUCAAAUCAUGGUGUUUGUAUCCAUGGAGAAUGCCACUGUAAUCCAGGAUGGGGUGGUAACAACUGUGAAAUACUGAAGACUAUGUGUCCAGACCAGUGUUCUGGCCAUGGGAAGUAUCUUCAAGAAAGUGGCACCUGCACUUGUGAUCCUAAUUGGACUGGUCCUGACUGCUCCAAUGAAAUCUGUUCUGUCGACUGUGGCACACAUGGCGUCUGUAUGGGUGGAACAUGUCGCUGUGAAGAAGGUUGGACUGGCCCAUCCUGCAAUCAAAGAACGUGCCACCCUCGGUGUGCUGAACAUGGAACUUGUAAAGAUGGGAAGUGUGAAUGCAGCCAAGGCUGGAAUGGCGAGCACUGCACUAUUGCUCACUAUUUGGAUAAGAUAGUUAAAGCAGACAAGAUAGGAUAUAAAGAGGGAUGCCCAGGCCUGUGUAACAGCAAUGGAAGAUGUACUCUGGACCAAAAUGGCUGGCACUGUGUUUGUCAGCCAGGAUGGAGAGGAGCAGGAUGUGAUGUCGCCAUGGAAACUUUAUGCACUGAUAGCAAGGACAAUGAAGGAGAUGGAUUAAUUGACUGCAUGGAUCCUGACUGCUGUUUGCAGAGUUCCUGCCAAAAUCAGCCCUACUGCCGUGGACUGCCUGACCCACAAGAUAUCAUUAGCCAAAGCCUCCAAUCACCAUCUCAGCAAGCUGCCAAAUCCUUUUAUGAUCGAAUCAGUUUUCUUAUAGGACCAGAUAGCACCCAUGUCAUUCCUGGGGAAAGCCCUUUCAAUAAAAGCCUUGCAUCUGUCAUUAGGGGCCAAGUAUUAACAGCAGAUGGAACGCCACUAAUUGGAGUUAAUGUCUCCUUUUUACAUUAUUCAGAUUAUGGAUACACAAUCACUCGUCAAGAUGGAAUGUUUGACUUGGUGGCAAAUGGUGGUGCAUCUUUAACCCUGGUGUUUGAACGAUCCCCAUUCCUUACUCAAUAUCACACAGUUUGGAUUCCGUGGAAUGUCUUCUAUGUCAUGGACACUCUUGUCAUGAAGAAGGAGGAGAAUGACAUUCCCAGCUGUGAUCUCAGUGGAUUUGUGAGACCAAAUCCUGUCAUUGUAUCAUCACCUUUAUCAACAUUGUUUAGGAUUUCUCCUGAGGAUAGUCCAAUUAUUCCUGAGACACAGGUACUACAUGAAGAGACCACAAUCCCAGGAACUGAUUUGAAAUUAUCUUAUUUAAGCUCCAGAGCUGCAGGUUAUAAAUCCGUUCUUAAGAUCACCAUGACGCAAUCAGUGAUACCCUUUAACUUAAUGAAGGUUCAUCUCAUGGUGGCAGUGGUGGGAAGACUUUUCCAAAAAUGGUUCCCUGCAUCCCCAAAUUUGGCUUACACAUUCAUUUGGGAUAAAACAGAUGCAUAUAACCAAAAGGUCUAUGGUUUAUCUGAAGCUGUUGUAUCUGUAGGUUAUGAAUAUGAAUCCUGUUUGGAUCUGACACUAUGGGAAAAACGGACUGCAGUUUUGCAGGGUUACGAAUUGGAUGCCUCAAACAUGGGUGGCUGGACACUGGAUAAACAUCAUGUACUGGAUGUUCAAAACGGAAUUCUCUACAAAGGUAAUGGGGAAAAUCAGUUCAUCUCUCAGCAGCCUCCAGUUGUCAGUAGUAUAAUGGGCAAUGGCAGACGACGUAGUAUUUCUUGUCCAAGUUGCAACGGUCAAGCAGAUGGCAAUAAGCUUUUGGCUCCAGUUGCCUUAGCAUGUGGUAUUGACGGAAGCCUGUAUGUAGGAGAUUUCAACUAUGUUCGACGGAUAUUCCCAUCUGGAAAUGUAACAAGUGUUCUUGAGCUUCGAAAUAAAGAUUUUAGACAUAGCAGUAACCCAGCACACAGAUAUUACCUUGCAACUGACCCAGUCACUGGAGAAUUGUAUGUCUCUGACACAAACACACGAAGGAUUUAUCGUCCAAAGUCGCUCACUGGGGCAAAGGACCUGACAAAAAAUGCUGAUGUGGUAGCAGGGACCGGAGAGCAGUGCCUUCCAUUUGACGAAGCAAGAUGUGGUGAUGGUGGCAAGGCUGUGGAAGCAACUCUCAUGAGCCCCAAAGGAGUGGCAGUAGACAAGAAUGGAUUAAUCUACUUUGUUGAUGGGACUAUGAUCAGGAAAGUGGACCAAAAUGGGAUAAUAUCAACUUUGCUUGGCUCAAAUGACCUGACUUCAGCACGACCGCUAACAUGUGAUACUAGCAUGCAUAUUAGCCAGGUGCGCUUGGAGUGGCCAACAGAUUUGGCUAUCAACCCAAUGGAUAACUCCAUAUAUGUGUUGGAUAACAACAUUGUUCUUCAGAUUACUGAAAACCGGCAGGUCCGUAUUGCUGCUGGGAGGCCAAUGCAUUGCCAGGUUCCUGGAGUGGAAUACACAGUGGGGAAACAUGCAGUACAGACUACUUUAGAAUCUGCCACCGCUAUUUCAGUGUCUUACAAUGGGGUGCUUUACAUUACAGAAACUGAUGAAAAAAAGAUUAAUAGAAUAAGGCAAGUUACAACUGAUGGAGAGAUCUCAUUAGUUGCUGGAAUACCUUCUGAAUGUGAUUGCAAAAAUGAUGUUAACUGUGACUGCUACCAAAAUGGUGAUGGCUAUGCUAAAGAUGCCAAACUUAAUGCUCCAUCUUCCUUAGCCGUAUCACCCGAUGGAACAUUGUACAUUGCUGAUCUUGGGAACAUUCGUAUACGAGCUGUGUCAAAGAAUAAACCACUGCUGAACUCAAUGAAUUUCUAUGAAGUUGCCUCUCCAACUGAUCAGGAACUCUAUAUCUUUGAUGUCAAUGGCACUCACCAGUACACCAUGAGUUUAGUCACAGGAGACUAUCUAUACAAUUUUAGCUACAGUAAUGACAAUGAUGUUACUGCAGUAACAGACAGCAAUGGAAAUACUCUUCGUAUCAGGCGGGAUCCCAACCGAAUGCCAGUGAGAGUGGUAUCUCCUGACAAUCAAGUUAUCUGGUUAACUAUAGGUACCAAUGGAUGCUUGAAAAGCAUGACAGCCCAAGGGCAGGAACUAGUCUUAUUUACGUAUCAUGGCAACAGUGGACUCCUGGCAACUAAAAGUGAUGAGACUGGAUGGACCACUUUUUUUGAUUAUGACAGCGAGGGUCGGCUAACUAAUGUCACAUUCCCAACGGGAGUGGUCACCAACCUCCAUGGGGAGAUGGAAAGGGCCAUAACAGUUGACAUUGAAUCAUCUAGCAGAGAAGAGGAUGUCAGCAUCACUUCAAAUCUAUCAUCAAUCGAUUCUUUCUAUACUAUGGUCCAAGAUCAGUUACGAAAUAGCUAUCAGAUUGGUUAUGAUGGGUCCCUCAGAAUUAUCUAUGCUAGUGGCCUAGACACACACUACCAAACGGAGCCACAUGUCUUAGCUGGCACAGCCAAUCCAACUGUAGCAAAAAGAAACAUGACACUCCCUGGAGAAAACGGACAGAAUUUAGUAGAGUGGAGGUUCCGAAAAGAACAAGCCCAAGGAAAAGUCAAUGUGUUUGGCCGAAAGCUCAGAGUUAAUGGUAGGAACCUCCUUUCAGUUGACUUUGAUCGGACUACAAAGACAGAAAAGAUCUAUGAUGACCAUCGUAAAUUUCUGUUGAGGAUUGCUUACGACACAUCAGGACAUCCAACACUCUGGCUGCCGAGCAGCAAGCUGAUGGCUGUCAAUGUUACCUAUUCAUCUACAGGGCAAAUUGGCAGUAUCCAGAGAGGGACAACUAGUGAGAAAGUUGAUUAUGAUGGACAGGGAAGAAUAGUUUCUAGAGUAUUCGCAGAUGGCAAAACAUGGAGUUAUACAUAUCUUGAAAAGUCUAUGGUCCUCUUGCUGCACAGCCAACGGCAGUACAUCUUUGAAUAUGACUUACUGGACCGACUAUCUGCCAUCACAAUGCCCAGUGUCGCUCGCCAUACCAUGCAGACUAUCCGUUCCAUUGGCUAUUAUCGGAACAUUUACAAUCCCCCUGAAAGCAAUGCCUCUGUCAUCAUGGACUACAAUGAGGAAGGGCAGCUGCUACAAACUGCUUUCCUGGGCACAAGUCGGAGGGUCCUAUUCAAAUACAGAAGGCAGACAAGACUCUCAGAAAUUCUGUAUGAUAGUACAAGAGUCAGUUUUACUUAUGAUGAGACAGCAGGAGUUCUGAAAACAGUAAACCUCCAGAGUGAUGGUUUUAUCUGCACCAUUAGAUACAGGCAAAUUGGCCCAUUGAUUGACAGGCAGAUUUUCCGCUUUAGUGAGGAUGGAAUGGUAAAUGCCCGAUUUGACUACAGCUAUGACAAUAGCUUCCGAGUGACUAGCAUGCAAGGUGUUAUCAAUGAAACCCCAUUGCCCAUUGAUCUUUACCAGUUUGAUGACAUAUCUGGAAAAGUUGAGCAAUUUGGAAAAUUUGGGGUUAUAUAUUAUGAUAUUAACCAGAUAAUUUCAACAGCGGUAAUGACGUACACAAAGCACUUUGAUGCCCAUGGACGCAUAAAGGAAAUCCAGUAUGAAAUAUUCAGAUCACUUAUGUACUGGAUUACAAUUCAGUAUGAUAAUAUGGGACGAGUAACUAAAAGAGAAAUUAAAAUAGGGCCAUUUGCCAACACAACCAAGUAUGCUUAUGAAUAUGAUGUUGAUGGUCAGCUACAGACAGUUUAUCUGAAUGAGAAAAUAAUGUGGCGAUAUAAUUAUGACUUGAAUGGCAAUCUCCAUUUGCUCAAUCCAAGCAACAGUGCACGUUUGACACCACUUCGGUAUGAUCUGAGAGACAGAAUCACUCGGCUAGGUGAUGUUCAGUACCGGUUAGAUGAUGAUGGAUUCUUGAGGCAGAGAGGUACAGAGAUCUUUGAAUACAGCUCAAAGGGUCUCCUUACCAGAGUUUAUAGCAAAGGAAGUGGGUGGACAGUGAUAUACCGUUACGAUGGACUUGGAAGACGCGUUUCCAGUAAAACUAGUCUGGGUCAGCACCUCCAGUUUUUUUAUGCAGACCUUACAUAUCCAACAAGGAUAACUCAUGUUUACAACCAUUCAAGUUCUGAAAUCACCUCUCUCUACUAUGAUUUGCAAGGACACCUUUUUGCCAUGGAGAUCAGCAGUGGAGAUGAAUUCUACAUUGCAUCAGACAACACUGGUACACCACUGGCCGUUUUUAGCAGCAAUGGCCUAAUGCUGAAGCAGAUCCAGUACACAGCUUAUGGCGAGAUCUAUUUUGAUUCGAAUCUUGACUUCCAGUUAGUGAUAGGAUUCCAUGGAGGCCUUUAUGAUCCUCUGACCAAACUAGUUCAUUUUGGCCAAAGAGAUUAUGACAUACUGGCAGGCCGUUGGACGACACCUGACAUUGAAGUUUGGAAAAAAAUAGGGAAAGAUCCAGCACCUUUUAAUCUGUAUAUGUUUAGAAAUAACAACCCAGCCAGCAGAAUACAUGAUGUGAAAGAUUAUAUCACAGAUGUUAAUAGCUGGCUGGUGACAUUUGGUUUCCACCUGCACAAUGCCAUCCCUGGAUUUCCUGUUCCCAAAUUUGAUUUAACAGAGCCCUCUUAUGAACUUGUGAAGAGUCAACAGUGGGAUGAUGUACCGCCUAUUUCUGGAGUGCAGCAACAAGUGGCAAGGCAAGCAAAGGCUUUCUUGUCCCUGGGAAAGAUGGCAGAAGUCCAGAUCAGCAAGCGUAGACCCGGCGGCGAAAAAUCAUGGUUGUGGUUUGCAACUGUGAAGUCUCUGAUCGGGAAAGGGGUUAUGCUUGCUGUCAAUCAAGGCAAAGUGCAGACAAAUGUGCUCAACAUUGCAAAUGAGGAUUGUAUCAAAGUGGCAGCUGUUCUGAACAACGCCUACUACCUGGAAAAUUUGCAUUUCACCAUCGAAGGGAAGGACACACACUAUUUCAUAAAGACCACCUCACCAGAGAGUGACCUAGGCACACUGAGACUGACAAGUGGCAGGAAGGCCUUGGAAAAUGGCAUCAAUGUCACCGUUUCCCAGUCCACCACAGUCGUGAAUGGCAGGACUCGCAGGUUUGCUGAUGUCGAAAUGCAGUAUGGCGCACUGGCUCUUCAUGUCCGCUAUGGCAUGACUCUCGAUGAGGAGAAGGCACGGAUAUUAGAGCAGGCUAGGCAAAGGGCUCUUUCCAAUGCCUGGGCCAGAGAACAACAAAGAGUGAGAGAUGGAGAGGAAGGUGCCAGGCUAUGGACAGAAGGGGAAAAGAGGCAAUUGCUGAGCGCUGGAAAAGUCCAAGGAUAUGAUGGGUACUAUGUACUCUCCGUGGAGCAAUACCCUGAAUUAGCAGACAGCGCUAACAAUAUACAGUUCCUUAGGCAAAGUGAGAUUGGAAAGAGGUAACACACUGGUUGAGCCCGGGCUGCCAAAGAGACUGACUCUGUACCAGUGUCUUCGAAGAGGGAGACCAAAUUGUUUUGCUGCAUUACUACUUGAGCCUAAAUGUACACCUUUGCUCAGAUUUCUCUGUAGCACAAUCUGAAUAGACUCUACAACAAAGAGAGAGCCUUCCAGAAGAAUGAUACUGCUCAAAAGAAAAACUGGGUGUGUUUUUCCUGAAUGACCUUAAAGGUGAUCUGCUUUAAAGAAUAUGUUUACAUAUGCAUAUCGCUGCACUCAAGUUGGACUGAAAGUACUAGAAGAAAAGCCUCAAGGGCUUGCAACAGGCUGCCGAUUCCUGUGAGGCACUGUCUUUAACUAAGAAACAGAUCCAUACAGUGUUUCCAAAUAUUACUAAAUUGCUUACAAGAAAUAGCCUCUCUCUCCUCCUCUCUCUCUCUCUUGCUCUCUCCCUCUCUCUGCAUAGGAUGUGGUAUAUAUCUCUGUUCAUUUUAAAAUGUGGGGCAAAAACUCUUAUUUAUGGACACCCCAAUGGCUUUAAACUGUGCUGCUUUCUAAAAGGACAUUGGCACAAGCAAUUUAUGCUACAAUGAGAAUUUAAUAAUGGAUUUUACAAUGAUUACGUGGUUUGCCUUGGGCGGGAAUGGCAAGUAGAAUCCUUGUCACAGAGAAGCAAAGGAAACCUUGAUUUUUUUUGUAAAUUAUGUGAGACAAGUUGUUUAUGGAUUUUUAUAUGAAUUCAAUUUACUGUACAUCAAAUAUUAGUCUCAGAGGAGUUAAUUUAUGUAAAGUGUUUUAAAAAGUUUAUACUUAAAAUAAAAUGAUAAAAAUGUGCAGUGUGUGAAUUUUUUUAAAGGAAUUGCACCUUUUGUUAUGUUAUAGCUGUACAGUAUAAAGAGUUAUAUUGUAGAGAUAUAACAGUGUAUAACUAAUGGACAGAAGUGUUAAUAUUUUUGUAUUAGGUUUAAAAAUGGUGCAUUUUUCUCUUUUGACUGCUCCUGCGAAAGGACGGAGUGGUCCCAAAUUUCUAGGCAAUUGGACUGCCGCUCUUUUCUCUUCCUCUACCUUUGUCAUCCCCUCAGCCAGCACAGCUUCAUCACUCACUUCUCGGAGAGAGAGCACCUAAAUAAGACACAUUUAUUAUGAUGGAAGACUUUCAUAGGUUGGACUUGCCCUAAAGGUGCAUUUAUUCUUUUUUGCAACUCUGGUCUUUUGUUUUGUUUUGGCAUGUGAUGGAAAUUGUGUUAUGCAAUGGAAGGAACGCUGUCUCAGGUGCUUAGCUUAUUUAUGUGAAUGGCAAUAUUGUAGCUCUUGUCCCACUCAAUUACAUCAUAUGAAGGGCAGGGCCUCCACCUUUGACUUGCCUUUGAAAGAGACAUUUUCAAAUAGGAAGUGGAAAGUUAGCAGCACUUGUAGUGUAGGUAGCUAGAGCAGUAAGCUAACCAAAUACCCUGGCCUCUAAAUCUUUUAUGCCCCCGAAAAGAGUCACUGUGAAGUCCAAAAGGCAAAUGGGGAGAGUUUAAGCUUAGUGCUUCAUUCAUCCACAUCAAAAGGCUACCAUACAGUCUAGUAAGACCAGCUCAUAAGGAUGGCCCAAUAUAAUGUGUUAGGGCUUGAGAAGUGCAAACAGCAGAGUUUGAUUUCAGCCACUACUCAGUCUUUGUGAACCAGAUUUCAAUCCCAGAUCUCAGCUGUGGGACACCUAAAAGACAAUGCCUCUGAUCAUGAUCUGAGUGCAUUGUUCUCACCACUAACUAACCACAACCCCACACUGGGAACUGGAAGGGUGCAAUUUCCACACCAAAUGGCAGGGCUUCCUGGCAGGCUUAAGUCCCAGCAUUUUUAUUUUUUUAAAAAACAAAUCAGCCACUGAGGGACAGUCUUCUCUUACCGAUUACUAUGCCUGAUAAUUGUCUUCAGAGGGAUCUAAAACAUAUCAUGUCUGCCAUCUACAGUAUUUGUUCUACCUAUUUCAGUAGCACAGAAUUCAUUAGCUCUUCCAAAAUUCUUAUAUUCUCAGCUUCCACUUAAAAAAAAAUAAUGUUAUCCCUUACACUUGCAGGGAUCUCUCUCUCACACACACACCUUCUAAAACCUCGUAUACCAGGAAAUCUGCACAAAUAUACUCUUUAGGUCCUUGUCUCUGCCUGUAUGGCACCCCCUCAUUUUAUCAACAUCCCAGGUCCAAAAAGUUCGCUUUUUUGCAAUUGGACUGAAUUAUACAAUAUUAAAUGUUUGCCGUUUGUUCAUUUUUGCAUCAUCGAAGAGGGGAAAGUCAGAGAGAUACAUAAUCAUUUUAAGUCCAUCCCCCACCCUCAUCAUUUUUCUGGGCAAAAGCCCUUGCAACUGAGUGCUGUAUUCAGCUUCAAAAUUGUUUUAAAAUAUUUUUGGGGAACGUAAGUGAAAUGGUUAAUUUUCAUUGUGCUGUACUUGAUAUUCAGAAUGCUAAUAAAUGGCAGGUGAAUGUGUCAUAUAUAUGAAGGGAGUUAUGUGAAUUGAAUAAAAUUAGUUCUAUAAAUGCUUUCUGCAUUGAGAUUCUGUAGCAUUACAUGUGCUCUCAAUUGCACAGUAGAAGUGCUUGUCAAACAGGCUGUGAGUAGGUCAAACAAGUUACCAAAGCCACAGUAUCAGUGCUAUCUAUUACUAUCUGUUUCCUCCUUGAGUAGAACCUAUGGAACUGCUGACACUUAGAACAAAAGCUGUUUUAUUAAAUGUUGAAGUACAAACGAAUUGUUUGUUUUUCAACCAUGACAGAGCCCAAAUUGAGAAGCCACCAUUCACAAAAACCACUAAUAAGUGCCAUUGUUUCCCAUCUUAUUUCUAAUGUGGGGAAUGUGAGAUGUUUGCAGUUCUGUUGGAUAGGUUUUCAACAGCAUUGUAUUAGAGUGCUUUAAGUACUAUCUGUGGAAUUAAGCUCAUAUGCAAAAGUAUAGUGGAAUGUUCUUCUGUUGGAAUACUGCAACAAUAUCCUGUGUAUAACUUGUCAGAAUGGAACUAAACCUUUUACAUCAUGUGCCCUUGUUUCUUCUCUCUCAUUUUGGCACCAAUUUAACACACCAAUCAAUAUUUUAUCUUGAUGCUCAUCUGAGUGAGAUGAAGGCCAAUUAGCAGUCUUUUAGUAGGUAUAAAAUAGCCUUUUUCAUGAUAAAAAGGUGGGGGGAGGAUCUGGACAUGCUCCUACAUGAGACAUGACUGUGGGGAAUAUGUAAACAAAAUACUUUUUUUAAAAAAAAAAACUGUAUUAAACUAAUUAGCCUAUAAAAGAAGGAGAUUCAGAGUAUUUUAGGCAAAGCCAGUCAAAAUGCUUUCAUGCUAUUUUGAAAUGUAAAUUUUGUCUGAUUUGUAUUGUUCUUUAGUUUGCCUUCUAAACUUUAUAUGUGUCCUGAUUUUUUCCACAAUUUGAUGACUAUAGAUUGCAUCUAGGCUUUCCAAUAAAAGCCAAGCCAAUGUG